UGAGAUGGGAGAUAUUAAAGUUACUCGUGCAAAUCAAGAGAAACAUAUAUCUUCAUCAUCGUCUAGUGAAUUAUCAGAUCAAUGCGAGGAAUUACAACGUUUAGAGGAUGCACCACCUUUUUGGAGGAACCCUAAUAAGAAGUUAUCAAAGCAACUUUCCAUGUGUGAGAUUCCACGUGACAUUGCAUGGGAAAAACGACGUCGUCAAUUUCUUCAUCAAGAGAGGAAAAAGAAUAUUAUUGGAAAUACUCAAGACGUUGAUGCAUAUAUAACUGAUGAGGAUUUGAAUGAACUUAAAGGUUGCAUAGAUUUAGGAUUUGGAUUUAAUGAAGAAGAAGGGCAAAGGUUAUGUAACACCUUGCCCGCACUUGAUCUUUAUUUCGCGGUGAAUCGUCAGUAUUUAACUAGCCCAAUCUCUUCACCGGGUAGCAAUAAAGGGUCAAUGUCAUCUCCGGGUUCAUUGAAUUCUCUCGGAGGAAGGUCAUCCUCUUUUGGAAGCCCUAGGAGUGAUCACGUUGAUGCAUGGAAGAUUUAUAGCCCAGGUGAUGAUCCUCAACAAGUUAAGACAAAGUUGAGGCAUUGGGCGCAGGCAGUGGCUUGUUCUGUCAAGCAGUCUUAUUGAAGUUGAAAGGGUGGUGAUGAAAUUAAACACCAUGUUCUGACUAUGUUUUCUAUUCAAAGAAAUUAAUUUCCUCUUUCAUCGUAUUCACCGAUUCAGACCUUGUAUUUGAAAUAUAGUCAUGACUUUUAAUUUGCGGAUGGACUGAGACUCAUGCGCCAAAUGAUCAAAACAGAGCUACAUAGUUGUAGGCGGUCAAUUUCACCACUAGUUAUGUUGAUUCUCAAUUUAGUUAAUUGAGGCAACAAGGAUUUAAGUUACAUACAGUAUUGAUAUGUAAAUAAUUU